CAGGCAACGCUACACUUUCUUCUCUCUUGUCUUGUCACAGAGAUGAUAUCAGAGAGAAAGCUUAAACCCUAAUAUUCAAAGAUGUGGAAGAAAGGGGAGCUAGUUUGGGUAAGCGUGAGCUUUUCGAAUACAUGGAUUCCGGGUCGGAUUAUCGAUCCAUCCGAAUCGUUAGGAGUUCUCGUCUCGUUCUUCGGCCUAAUGGAUCCGCGAUACGUUCCAAAACCAUUUCUACGAAGCUUUGAUCGCGAUUUCAAAACCUUGAUUUCAGAUUCAAGGUGGAUUCGCCGCUUUGUGAAUCGAGCUCUGCGAGCUUACUUUUGGAACAUCUCGUUUGGGUUAUGGUGUUCUUGCCAGCCGCGUAUUGAUUCGCCUUACUUGGAUAGAGAAAACUCUCUCCCACGGUUUCAUGCCACUUCGGAUUCGGCUCUGGGGUUUGUUAGAGAUAUGGCUAUUUCGAUACGAAUGCCCCUCUGGAGAUUAGCUGAGACCAAUAGUUCCAGUGCUCAGAUCCUUAGUUUUCGGCGUUACAUUGUCGAUUUUAAGCGCUCCGAAUCUGUCUAUGAGGAGACUAGAGCAAGUGCAGAGCUAAAUGAUCGAUCUGAAGAAUCAGGUUGGUGUCUUGAAUACUCAAAGAAGAUGGACCUGUGUUCUAUGUUUCCUGAGACUGCGGAUGCGGAUAUCGACAACAGUAGAGAUUUGAGUCUAAGAGAUCCAUUGCCGAAGGAUCUCCCUUGUUGUUCUUCUGAGCAGCAUGUUGAUAAAGUAGUUCAGAUUUGCACAUGGAAUACGAGGAGCCCUCGAACCAGUUCUAAUUCUAGUACCAUGAAAGCUUGUGAAACCAUGGUUAGAAGAGCUGUUCAUGAGGAUGAUGGUCACCUGUCCAAGAGUAAAGAAUGCUGUCAAGUUGAGCAGAAUAUCUGCUUAUUGAAUUCAGAACCUUCUAUUGAAGAUAUGAUAGAGGAAGACACCACUUCCGUUGCUGCCUCAAGAGUUGAUGUAUCAGAAGCACUUCCUGAUGUUAUGAUUGAAACUCAUGAUGACAUCAUUGGUUUGGUUGAUGGACCUGUGACAUCGACAAAUGAACUGUCACCCUUGCUUGAUUCGAGCAACGACAAAGCUUAUUUGGCAAAGCCUGUUUCUUUUGUUGUUCCAGGAGCCUGUCACACUCUAGCUUGUUCAGUGAGAAAAAAAUAUGCUAGCCCAAGAAACAAGCUUGAUAGCUCUAUCAUCAGUGCCAAGACCUUGAAUGAGCAGUCGUUAGGUAGGAAUAGUCUUAAUGGAACACGAGAAAACUGCUCUGAAUAUACGUUGGAGUCACAUAUUGUGGAGGUGGGACAGGUUUCGCUACCUAGUACAGGCACUUCAAACAAAGAAUUUAGUUCUGAUGAUGCAGGAGCACCUGCAGAACAAUUACAAGAUUUGGAAGCUGGAACAACUGUUGAAAACCAGACGAGAUCAGUUGAUAAUGUCAGAUCCAUUGGUGUCAAAAGGAAGGCAAGUCGAGACAAAGCAUCUGCACGUUACUCCAAGAGAAAGAAGAAAGCAGGCCAACAAUCUAUUUCUACUGAUAAAUCGCUGAAUCUACACCUGAUGAAAGAUAUGCGGCUUGCUAAUCCAAAAUGUUUGCGGAUGAAGUUUUUGUGUAGACAUGGGGAUCUCCCGUCCAAAGCAGAACUGUUGAAGAGAUUCAGUGUGUUUGGGAAAAUAGAUGCUUCAAGAACUGAUGUAAACCCAGGGGAAAGCUCUGCGAAAGUAGUAUUCAUGCAGAGCAUCGAUGCAGUGACGGCUUAUCAAUUUGCUAGGAGCAAAAAGUUUAGACUAGGAAAGUCUAAGGUUACGUACCGCCUCGAACCCUUUGAGGAAGACAAUGAAGUAAAAAAAGUUCCUUUGCCUCAGAAGCCGCAAAAGUCUGCUCCAUCACCAAAAUCAUGUCUCAAGGAACAUGGUUUGGUAGAUAAAGAAGAGGGAAGAAGGAAUAUGAAGGUGAAAUUUCAAAUGGAGACCAACUCAUGAAUCCGAUGACAUCAUCAUCUCAAUAGUUUUAGCUUAUGUAGCUCUCACGGGAAGCUUUUGUAAUGUAGCUACGGUCUGUUCCUAACGAAGAACUUGCACCUUUUUUUGGCCUUGAAGCUUUUGUAUAAUCAUGGCUUGUUUUGUAUUAGAGAUGACAUAGUUUGUACUUGACUACAUAAAAUAUAGCUUUAACGAUGAAUCAUGAAUGUGACUACAAACUAGGUUUCCAUUUUCUGCUUCAAAAUUGUUAUCUGUUUAGAAAUUUGGGAACUCAACAAGAGAAGAAGAAACAACAAGUUGAAAGGAAAUAGCAAGCAGUGAAUCUUGCAAGUACAAAAGCAUAAGUUUACACUAAGGCGGGUCGUUUCCAUGUAUGGUCUUCUUGAUCGUUAUUGGCUUGG